AUGACCUACAGGAGACGUUACAUCUCAAGGUUUUUCUUUUUAACAGGAAACCUGGUGGGUGUGUUUAAAACCCUAUGUAAAGAGGAGGAGCAACAUUGUAUAUGGCUACUUAUCAUUUCAAAAUCAUAGCAGUGUUUUGUCUUUGCUGUUUUCUAAAUAACACAUUCAUUUCUGAUCUCUAACAUAGACCAUGAUGCUACUCUGUUACAUUCUACUAAUUUCAGCCCUUGUAGGUGAUACUUUAGACAUUGACCUAUACAACUCUGUAUAAUGUUACUGUCGUUUAGGAUUAUAGUGUGUCAGUGACAAACCACAGGGUGGCAAUAUAGUUAGAAGCUCAGGUAGCUUUUAAUGUCAAACAUCAGCAGCUUGACAGGCUAUACAGUAGAAGGGUAAGAAUAAUGUGCAGACUUAAUUCGUUUGAAAAACGAUUUAUCUUGCCCUAAAACCCACAGGCCUUGACUACAUCAGAAAUCACCUCGACACCGACUUGGAUGAUGUCACCAGGGCAAACAGUGGCCUCUCUGAUGAAGACGACUUCUUUGCAUCCAUGGAGUUGGGAAAAUCACAGGUAGGAGAGCUGGAGAGGUACCUUUCAUGUAUGUCCCCUGCAGGUAUGGAUCUACUCCACACCUUUCCUCUUAUCAAGAAGCUGUCACUCAAAGUCAACACAGGUCUUCCUGCAUCUGCAGCCUGUGAGAGACUUUUCAGUCAUGCAGGACUCCUGUUCACUGCUAAACGAUCACAGCUUCACAGCAAGAACCUUGAGAGCCAGCUACUGUUGAAGCUUAAUAGUGACAUCACUGAGUGAUUCUUUGGUGAAAUAGUUUUGGGGGGGGGGGGGGGGGGUGACAAGUGUGACUUUUUUUGCUGACUUUUCUUGUUAGAUAUUGGAACUGAAAGUAAACGUAAUGCCCCAUCUACAACUACAUCACUCUCCUCUGAUGCCUUUUAGAGAACAUGCAUUCAGCUUAAUUUGUGUUCUGGGAUACUAAGCCUGCAAUAUUGUUUUAUUCGGCCAUCUAUCAUGGACUGGUGCUUUUUCAGUUGAUGUGUACUGCUGCUCUUUUCCUCUCCUCAGUGAGAUGUGCAGUGUGGCCUAAUCACAGAUCAGAGUAUUAAUUUCUAGGCACACAGAAAAAGGGCUGUUGCUUGCCAUGCAAUACAAAGGUACUGAGUAGGCCUAAUCAACACCUAUUGAUUAUUUUACGUGACCGCUUCCUUCUGGUGUGCAGUUUUCUGUUCAGCAUGCCUGGUAUGAAAUGUUUGUGUGUUUCCUUCUGUUGUUCUGUCACUGUGGAGACACUGUGGAGACACACACACACACAGUUUAUGAGAGUUUAUGGGCUGCCUCGUUCUAGUUCUGCCUGGUAAAAAAAAGUAUAAAGGUUUGGAAAUUUGUGUUACUUGUGCUUAUUUAUUUUUUAUUUUUUAUUAUUUUAUUUUGUUUAUUUUUUAGGUACUUGAAUUUACCUGAAUUAUUUUAAUUUAAGCUAUUUUGUAAUUAAUUUUAAUUAAUUUUAAUGAUUGGAUGAACAAUAAUUUGCCUAAAGAUGAUUAUUUUGUAUUUUUGUUUGUCUGAUUGUUGUCUUGUGUUAAAAAAUAAAUCAGACGUUACUCAACAGUUACUCAGUACUUGAGUAGUUUUUUCAUCAAGUACUUUUUUACUCUUACUCAAGUAAUUAUUUGGAUGACUACUUUUUACUUUUACUUGAGUCAUAUUAUUCUGAAGUAACAGUACUUUUACUUGAGUACAAUUUUUGGCUACUCUACCCACCUCUGAUCAUGGCUACCUGGACUAUUUGCAUUGUCUCCCUCACCCCACCCCACCUCCUCUUUUACGCUGCUGCUACUACUCUGUUAAUUAUUUAUGCAUAGUCACUUUAACUCUACCCACAUGUACAUAUUACCUCAAUUACCUCAACUAACCGGUGCCCCCGCACAUUGACUCUGUACCGGUCCUGCCUGUAUAUAGCCUCCCUACUGUAAUUUGUUUUACGGCUCUUCUUUAAUUAUUUGUUAUUUUGAUUUUUUUUACUUAUCUAUUUUUUACUUAACACUUUUUUUCUUAAAACUGCAUUGUUGGUUAAGGGCUUGUAAGUGAGCAUUUCACUGUAAGGUCUACACCUGCUGUAUCCGGCGCAUGUGGCAAAUACAAUUUAAUUUGAUUUUAUUUGAUAUGUGACGUGAUUACAUAGGGACUUCUUCACUAGCUGACUACCACUACCAAGACCUGUGUCAAGAUCAGUUACUUACCCCACCGGCUCUCCCCAUAACCUCUAUGUACAAAUAAGAGAGCAGCUCUGGAAUCAAUGUAGGAUGAUUACACAGAAGGAUCACAACACUUUUACAUGAUGGUCUUUCUAGCUGGCGAGAGAGGUGCCAGAUCCGGGAAAAUAAGUCACAGAACAAAUAAAGUCAAAUCUGAGAGGUGCCGGAUCCUGUUCUGGCAGGAUCCGGCUCAAAUUAAGCACUGAGUAUCAUUGAAGAGAGGACACAUGAGAAAAGAGGAGAGGAGAGGAGAGGAGAGGAGAGGAGAGGAGAGGAGAGGAGAGGAGAGGAGGAGGAGAGGAGAGGAGAGGAGAGGAGUGGAGAGGAGAGGAGAGGAGAGGAGAGGAGAGGAGAGGAGAGGAGAGGAGAGGAGAGGAGAGGAGAGGAGAGGAGAGGAGAGGAGAGGAGAGGAGAGGAGAGGAGAGGAGAGGAGAGGAGAGGAGAGGAGAGGAGAGGAGAGAUUGAGCAUCUUUAGAGCAACUGUACUUUGGGGUGGAGCUUGUAGGUAAACUAAGCAGAAAUUAUCAACUGAAAACCUUGCAGAUAAAGUUGUAGAGUAUUCAGAUACUGUUGUGAUAUUAGUCAGUUUGACUUCCAAUCAUAGCCAUGUUGUUCAUCUGUUCAAUUAUUAUGUUCUCAGCAAUAGGUAAGUUAUGUAUCACUUUUAUGACUCAAUGUUCAACUCUUCACAUUUGCAGGUGACACCUAUGAGCAGAGUAUCGAGCCAAACCAACAUGAAGUGUAUGGAGAAGAGGGUAGUUAUGUUCAGCUUUCCUGCAACUACUCCUCAGCGUACAGUCUACUAUGGUAUAAACAGCCUCCAGGAUCAGCUCCCCAAUACAUUCUGCUCAUCCUGCACUCCACUGGGACUGUACAGAGAGCUGAUUCUCUUGACUCUCACUUCUCUGGUAAACUGAACAAAAAGAAGACCUGUGUGGAUCUGGAGAUCUCCUCUGCUGAAGUGACAGACUCUGCUCUGUACUACUGUGCCCUGACACCCACAGUGACAGGAAACCCAGAAGCACUGUACAAAAAGUUAACAUUCACUGAGAGAGUAUUUCAACUCUGUAGUUCCAGGUUUCAUUUGAGCAUAGUGACAUCAAGUGGAGUCAACAUGCACCCAUUAUAUUGUGUCAAGAGGAGGAUCAUAGUGGUACACUUAACAUGUAAUGAGUGGAACUGAUUCACCCAGUGAGUGAAUGUUCCAAGAGAAGAUCAUUUUACAUAGAGUCUCUGUCUAACACCCAGUGUCUAUGAUGCUGCUCUAUUUAGUCUUGUUUUUGUGUGCACUUGUAGGUAAGAAUUCACUCUCCAUUAACUGAAUGUGUACUAACAGAAUGUAUACUGUUCAGUGUUCAUUACAAUAUGGUAUUAUCAAUAUCAAGUGGUAAUACACUUUGAAACACCAAGUGUGGAUAUACUGUACGCUGUCUACAUUGACUCAGUAAUCCAUGUUGUUCUUUUUUACAGGUACAAGUGUUGAAGACAUAAUUACUCCAGACAGAGAUGUAGUGGAUGUUAUGAAGGGUAGUAGUGUUAAACUCUCCUGUAGAUACAACAGCUCAUUAACCACCAGUCUGUUAUGGUAUCGCCAGCACCCUGGAUCCUCUCCACAGUUCUUCAUACUGGACUAUGUGGAUCUGGAAAUCUUCUCUGCUGAAGUGACAGACUCUGUACUACUGUGCUCUGAUGCCCAAAGUGAAGGGAAACCACAGAAACACUGUAAAAAAACUGAUCCUGACAAUACAAACACAGAGAACCUGAAUCUGAGACCCCUAGAAACCAUAGAACCUGAGUCUGAAUAGCUCUUAUCUUCCAUCCAUUAUAUUCCCUUAUUUUAAUAUGAAAGUUAUUUGCAUGUUUGACUAUCAUUGACCAGAUUUUAUAUUUGGAAAUAAAGUAAAUAUGUCAUGAAUAUCAGAAAUGUCUCUGAAUUGAUGACAUAUUUUCUGUCAUUUAGUAAACCAAACCUUCAUCACCACCACCACACUUCAUUAAGAGACAUCAUUGAAUAGGUUUUAUGUCAUAAACUGGGCGGUAGGUUGCCAGUUCUAAUCCCUGGAUCUGGUGACUUGAGGGCUGCUGGGUUCAGAUCCAGACUACAAUUCCCUACCGUUGGGCCCUUGGCAAGGCCCUUAACCCCACAACAUGCUCUCCAUCUGUCACACUCGUUGAUUGAAGGAUCGGACCAAGGUGCAGCGUGGUAGGCGAACAUAUUAAUUUAUUCAAUGAAAACAGACAAAACAACAAACAUGCACAUGAACGUAAAGUUCUGCAGGCUACAAAGCACCUAUACAAAAACAAGAUCCCACAAACUAAGGUGGGAAAAAGGAUGCCUAAGUAAGAUCCCCAAUCAGAGACAACGAUAGACAGCUGCCUCUGCUUGGGAACCAUACCCGGCCAACAAAGAAAUAGAAAAACUAGAAUGCCCACCCAAAUCACACCCUGACCUAACCAAAUAGAGAAUGAAAGGGAUCUCUAAGGUCAGGGCGUGACACCAUCCAGGGGUGCUGCGCUGGCAGUGGUGGAAAAAGUAUUCAUACUUGAGUAAAAGUACAGAUACCUUGAUAGAAAAUGACUCAAAAGUGUAAGUCACCCAGUAGACUAGCACUUGAGUAAAAGUCUAAAAGGAUUUGGUUUUAAAUAUACUUAAGCAACAAAAGUAAAUGGAAUUGCUCAAAUGUACUUAAGUAUUAAAAGUAAAAGUAUAAACCAUUUCACAUUCCUUAUAUUAAGCAAGCCAGACGGCACCAUUGUUUUUUUGUUUUUUUAUUGAUGGAUAGCCAGGGGCACACUACAAAACUCAGACAUAAUUUAGAAACAAAACAUUUGUGUUUAGUGAGUCUGUCAGAUCAGAGGCCGUAGGGUUGACCAGCUAUAUUCUUUUGAUAAGUGUGUGAAUUGGACCAUUUUCCUGUCAAAAUGUAACAAGUACUUUUGGGUGUCAGGGAAAAUGUAUGGAGUAAAAAGUACAUAUCUUCUUUAGGAAUGUAGUGAAGUAAAAGUAAAAGUUGUCAAAAAUAUAAAUAGUAAAGUAAAGUACAGAUACCCUAAAAAACAACUUAAGUAGUAUUUUAAAGUAAUUUUACUUAAGUACUUUACACCACUGUGCACUGCUACGACCCUGUGCUCCUCUCAAUUGUGUGUGUGAGAUGUGAUAUCUGGGGGAGUUGAGUAAUGAGAGCAGAAGACAAAUUUCCGUUGUUUGCUGUAACAUGGACAAUAAAGUUGUAUAGGGAGGAGCCACGAAGAACCUGUUCAAACUGUACAUAUGAUUACAGGAGACCUAUUUUUGUGAAUUAGUUGGUCCAUUAUAUAGUAGAUGAAUGAUGAUGUUCCUUGGUUUGAUCUGGAUGUUCUCUACAUUUUGAACAGGUGAGCAUUACAAUUGUUUUUAAGUGAGCCUGCAUAUUUGAUGGAAAUUAAGAUGGACACCCAAUUGAUUUUGUUUCUAUAUUUACUUUACAGAAUUAAUUGCUGGGGAGCAUAUUACUGCUGUAAAGAAUGAAGUCAUCAUUACAGAGGGAAAACCUGAGACUCUGAGCUGCUCAUAUGAUGCAAGCAGGAAGUAUCCUCUGCUUUACUGGUCCUGGCAUUAUUCUAACCAGGCUCCUCGUUUUCUUCUGUAUAAAGGUGCCAGAUCAAGUACCAGAGAACAUAUCCCUGAUAAGAGAUAUACAUCCAAAACGUCUCAGACAUCAACUGAACUGGUUAUAACGCACCUAACCCUGGCAGACACAGCUCUCUACUACUGUGCUCUCAGAGAUUGUUAUGACCAGUAUUGUUAUACACAGUGAUACAGUGUGCAUAAGACACUGUACAAAAACAUGCAGACCAAAAAUGUAUCGAUGAAGCGGGGAUCAAAUUUUAACAUCAAACCACAAUUUCAUAUUGUGGUCACACCUGUGCUAUGUGCAAUCACCAGGUGGUCUAGUGUUUCUCUGUCUUCAUAUUCAAUGCACUGUGAGAAAGAUGUAUUCUUCACUGUUCAAUCAGUAGUCUUCAAUUCAACUUAGACAGGUUUUUUUAAUAGUGCUUGGAAAAGCACUUGGGAAUAUGACAGUGUAACAAUGUUAUUUAUUAUAGUUGGCCCUCCUUACAAUUCACACUGCUUGCUGAUGUAGUAUGAAAAUCCACCAGAAGGUGGCAACCUAACAAAGCACACACACCUGAAUCAGAGGAUGCCAUACAGACAGACACCUCCCCAUAGUCUACUACUGAAUGUAAUACAGAACAACAUGAAGCAUCAAUAGUAGGACAGAGGAUGUCAAAGCUCUGUGAUAGAUAGAUCAGCAUUGUUCUGCUCCUUACCUUUUACACUUCAAACUGACUGACUAGUCAUGAGAAACUGGCUGAUCCUGUAUGUUCUGGCUGCAUGCUGCUUUGGUAUAACAUCACUCUGUUCAUCUUUCUCUUUCUGUGCAUUUGUUCAUUUUAUUUAUAUACAUUAUUAUGAUAUGUUGUGAAGAUAUAUUUAUCUUUCUUUUCAGGGUGCAGAGCAGAAGAGAAUGUAACACAGCCAACAGAAGAUGUAAUGGCCGUAGAAGGACAACAGACAACACUUACUUGUCUAUAUGAUACAACUGAUCGAUCGCCAUAUCUCUUUUGGUACAAACAACAAGCAAAUGGCAAGCCCAUGUUUAUGCUGAGAAAGGAUACAGUUGGAGUCGGGGAAACUGCUGCUGAAUUCAAGGAGAGAUUUCAUGCCCGUCUGAAUGUCACGGCAAAAUCAGUCCCCUUGAUGAUCCAGAGGGUGCAGAUGUCUGACUCUGCUGUGUACUACUGUGCUCUGAAGCCCACUGUGACAACAGGAGAUACAGCCCCCUUACAAAAACACUGUGUGUGCAUGUGGGUACAUGUGUAUAGUACGUUUUGUUGUGUGCCGUUUUUUAAGUCAAGGGGAGGUGUUACCUAAUUGAGGCAAAGGAAAGUAAAUGCCUUUUAUAGCUGACAGUGAGAAACCAGGGGAGUCAUUCUUUAAUUCUGUCACUUGUGUUCACUCUUUUCACUGUGUCAAAUAACACUUACCAGCAUUGUAUUAGGAUACAUUUUAAUAUUUGCACUUGUGGGUGAGUUUGAUGCUAUUCUUCAUAUCCAAUCACAUACCCAAUAUAGUUACUGGAGACUGGAGGAUAUUUUGUCAAUUCUUAAUACACUUGACUGAAUAAUGAGUAGAAUUGUAUUAUCAUUUCCUGAUAAUAAUUCCUGUUUUCAUAAAUGUUUUACAGGUGGCAGUCAUGGGAAUGACAUUACUCCAACAACAGAUAAGGUGUUUGGGUUAGAGGGUGAUGUCAUAAAGCUGUCCUGUAACUACUCCUCUGCUGAAGUGAUAGACUCUGCUCUGUACUACUGUGCCCUGCAGCCCACAGUGAGUAAAUCUUCACACACUGUACAACAAUCUGAACAAAAAAACUGAGUAUAAAAAACUAUUAGGCUCAUUCUGAAUUUCAUCAUUACCUUGUAUAGACAAAACACACAUACACUGAAAAUGAACAAUGAAAGAUUUUCAAUUAACAAUAAUAAAAUAUAAAAUACCAUAUUUCAUAAAAUACCAUGAAGGUUAUCUGAUUGUGUUGCUGAUUUAUACUUUAGAUUGUAGAUUUAAAUAGGAAAACAACAAACAGUGAAUGAAUGAACGCCUCAUGUUGAAUAAAUUAAUAUCUUGAAGAUCUUGCAUCAAGCAACUCUGUUGCUGUCACGUAUACACCAGGAGUCAGGAAGCAGGUACAGAAGGUGAGUUUAAUAAUUUUAGAAUGCAGAUAAACAAAAACAUGACUUUGUGAACGGGUGCAGUGAUGAUGAGGAAGGGAAGGCUUUCUUGGUGCAAGGGUCCCACGGUGAGGGAGAGAGGUGCUGUGAUAGUGCCGGAUCCCAAUGGUCGAUUAUCCAGGGCUUGGACCGGAAAAAGAGACGAGAGCGGAUAUGAGGUGAUGUUCAGUGAGGUAACAAGGGUCUGGUCGAUGAAAUUCCCUGCGGCACCGGAGUCCACUAGAGCUGUAGAGACAACAACUGAGGGACAACCAGCCAGUGAAAUGGAAACCAGGAAGGGUUUGGCGAAAAACUAUGAAGAAGGAAUACUCACGCCUACCCUGGGAGACAGAUGAUCACGGGGCUGUCCCUCUGCCCUACUGGAACUCAGAUUGGGAUGUAACAAACACCGCUGGAGCUGGUGUCUCUCCUGGCGCGCAACAGGAACACAGCCCCAGCUGUCUCCGGCGACGCCGCUCUGCCGCGGAGAGGUGUGUGACCCCUAUCUCCAUGGGUUUAGGCUCUGCCUCAGGACGGCCAAAGGAGGAGGGCGAGGGGUGAAGGAGGGGCUGGCGCUCUCGAAGGAGGUUGUCCAGAUGGAUGGCCAUCACGAUGAGCGCAUCCAAGGAAAGGUUGUCGUCCCGGCACGCCAACUCCGUAUGGUCCUCCUUGAGCAGUCAUCUAUGGAAAGGGUGCAGAGCACCGGUUCGUUCCAUCCACUGGAGGCUGCCCCGGUCCGAAAGGUGAGGGCAUAUUCCUCAGCGGUCUGGGAAUAGUCGCUCACCUCCCUCUCUGCCCUCCGGUGGAUGGUCGAAGACUGCCCUGAACAGAGCCAUGAACCUCCCGUAGGAACCCAACUCUUCCUCUCCUCUCUCCCAGACGGCUGUAGCCAACUCCAACGCCAUCCCGGUCAGUAGGGUAAUGACCGUGGCAACCUUGGACCUCUCGUUGGUGGAGGCCCCGGUAUGAUGGGCGAAAUAGAGGGAGCAUUGGAGUAGGAAGCCAAGGCAUCAUACUUGUCCGGGAGGGACAGUCGGGCAUCCCCUCCCUGAGCGGACUGCUGGGUAGGCUGGGAGGCUGGCUCGUUGGGACGACUCGAGGUAAAAGGCCCUCCACUAGUUGUAGGUGAAUCCUCUCUGAUGGUGUCAAGGUGGUGGAGGACGCGGAGGACCUCAUCCAUAGCUGCACCCAGUAGCGCCAGCUGAUCAUGAUGUAGACAGAGUAGGUGUCCCUGUUCACCGACCAUCUUUAUCUUCUGCUGCUUCCAUAAUUCGUGAGGCAAUAAUCUGUCAUGUAUACGCCGGGAGUCAGGAAGCAGGUUCAGAAGGUGAGUUUAAUAAUAAAGAAUGCAGAUAAACAAAAACAUGAGAAGAGUACGGAACAUGAAUGAAAACAAACCAAUACUGCCUGAUGACUGAGGCUACUGAGGGCUAAAUAAAGGGAAGGUAAUCAAGGUGAUGAUGGUGUGCAUAAUGAUGGGGAGCAGGUGUGCGUAAUGAUGGGGUGCAGGUGUGUGUAAUGAUGGUUGCCAGGACCGGUGGUUAGUAGGCCAGCAAUGUCAAGCGCUGGAAAGGGGGAGUGGGGGUAGGUUUGACAGUUGCCCUAAAAUCAAGAAAAUAAAUUGGUAAUACAUUACACAGUUUUAUCCAAUAUCCAAUAGAGGGAGACUAAGGCAAUCAAAUUUCAGUGCAGCCCUGCAUUUUGAGGAUGUGACAGUGGCAUCAAGCAGCAGCAAGAAGUCUGCUGUUACUUCUGCUCAUCUGACAACUCUCUGUAUUUUGGAGUGGGGCUUCAAAGGUUUAUUUUAAAGGGUAAGUUACUAGUGAGAGUCAUUAGGUGUCAGUGGAGUCUCAUAGUUUGCUUCUAUUCCUUUAAAUGAUGCAUGCAGCAUGCCAACACUUUACAGGUGUUGGUGUUGUAUAAUUUCCCCCAUCAAUUAGCAUAUCAAACUAAAUCAACCUGGGAAGGGCAGCAUUUCACAAGGAAUCCUUCUAGCAGUUCAACUAAAUUGAAUAUACAAUAAGCUCCUCCCCUACUGCAGAGCCCCACAAUUAUGAGACUUCUCAGCUACAGUGGAUGGAACAUAAAGACUAUAACAGUCUAUUCUUCCUCUAUACAUGAAUCAUAAUGGCACCCUGGCUUAGGAAUACUUUACUUAUCCUGGCUGCAUGCUAUUUUGGUAAAGUAUAGUGCUUUUCCUUCCUAUUCUCUUUGUUUGAAUCUUAUCUAAUAUGUUAUUAUACAAUUAUUGAUUAAUUAUUAUAAAAAAAUAUUAUAACGACUUUUUCAGAUUGCAGAGGUGAAGAGGGUGUUGACCAGCAGAGUCGAAAUGUUAUUGCCCUUAAAGGAGGACUGGUAACACUCAGCUGUAACUACACUACCAGUAGUCCAUCUCCUGAUCUCUUCUGGUACAACUAGGGACUUUCCUCAGUAUGUCCUGAGAAGAGAUCGUUAUUCAGAAGGGAGCAAUAGUGAUGAGUUCAAGAAUAAUCUAGGCUGAUUUUCACAUAUAGCUCUGUCCCCUUGACGAUCCAGAGGUUGCAGCUAUCUGACUCUGCUGGGUACUACUGU